CGCGACCGAAGCUCCAAUCAUUUGUAGAGAAUUCAAUCUCAAUUCCGCCAUCGCCAAACCCUAGCCAAGCUCCACCGAAAAGCCAAACCCCGACCAGCACCAGCACCAGCACCACCCUCCCGGCCAUGGCCAAGAAGCGAAAGCUCCGAUCCUCCGAUCCCUCGCCGGCCAAGUCCGCCGAGCCUCAGGACCAGCAGGAGCCCUCCCAGGCCGCCCACCCCGAGCCGGUCCCCGAGGAGGCGGCGCAGCAGGAGCCGCAGGGCAUGGCCGUGGACGAUCCCGCGCAGAAGGAUCCAGCUUCGGAAGUGGAGCCGCAGACCGGAGAACCGAAGCCGGAGAAGGCGGAAGGGAGGCCGGAAGGUGAGGGAGAAGAGCGGGAGCUGGAGCAGGAGGAGCGAGCCGAUUUGAAUGCGCCGAGCGGCGGCGGCGGCGGCGACGGCGGCGUCGCGUCGGAGCCGGAAGCGUCGCGGGCGAAUGGAGCUGCGGAUGAGAAUAACGAGGAGGAGGAAGAAGACGGGGACGACGUGGAUGAGGAGCCCGUGGAGAAGCUUCUGGAGCCGUUCACUAAGGAGCAGCUGACUAUGGUUCUCAAACAGGCCGUGGCCAAGCACCCCGACUUGAUCGAGAGCGUGCGAGGCGUCGCGGACGCGGAUCCUGCUCACAGGAAGAUCUUCGUGCACGGCCUCGGCUGGGACGCGACCGCCGAUGCCCUAAUUUCGGUCUUUGGGAAGUACGGGGAGAUAGAAGACUGCAAGGCUGUCACCGACAGGGUCUCCGGGAAGUCGAAGGGCUAUGCGUUCAUCCUGUUCAAGCAUCGGAGCGGCGCGCGGAAGGCUCUCAAGCAGCCGCAGAAGAAGAUCGGCAACCGCAUCACCUCAUGCCAGCUGGCGUCCACGGGCCCAGUCCCCGCUCCGCCUCCUAGCGCGCCUCCUGUUUCGGAGUACACCCUGAGAAAGAUCUUUGUGAGCAAUGUGUCCGCUGAGGUUGAUCCUGAGAAGCUGCUGGAGUUCUUUAAGCAGUUUGGGGAGGUUGAGGAAGGUCCUUUGGGGCUCGAUAAACAGACUGGUAAGCCGAAAGGUUUCGCCUUGUUUGUUUACAGGUCCGCUGAGAGUGCUAAGAGGGCUUUGGAGGAGCCGUACAAGAACUUCGAAGGAAUUACUUUGCACUGCCAAAAGGCAAUUGAUGGGCCAAAACCAGGUAAAAACUUCAGCGGGCAUCAACAGCAUCACCACUACCACCAACAGCAGUAUUCGCAUCCCAGGAAAGACAAAAAUAAGUAUGCAGCUGGUAGCGGGUCGGCUCCUGGACAUUUGAUGGCGCCUCCAGGACCAACCGUUGGGUUUAAUGCUGGGGCAGCGCAGGCAUUUAAUCCAGCACUUGGACAGGCCUUGACUGCUAUUCUUGCUACCCAGGGAGCUGGGUUGGGAAUUGGUAAUUUGCUGGGAGGUAUAGGAGCACCUCCGAUGAACCAAGGUGGGAUGCCGGGAGGAUAUGGUGGCCAACCUGCUGGAAGCUAUGGGAUGCAACCUGGGAUUCAAGGUGUUUAUCAGAAUCCACAGAUGGGUCAGGGGACUUCCGGUCGGCCUCCACAGGGCGGGGGACCGCCAUACAUGGGACACUAGAUUCCUUCAUAGAUGCAUCAGUCAUUUAGUUUUGGACUCUGGUGAAUCUUCUGAAGUUCCGGGAUCUCUUGCAAAGUAUCUUUAAAUCUGAUUAGAAAUUAUUUGUCUUCUAUAGAGAUCCCUAGAUCUCAAACUUGUAUCUUAAUUGCUAUUCCAGCACUUUUUCCCCUUCACUUGUUUUUAAAAACUCUAUAAUUCUUCAUUUUCAUUUUCUUGCUACGUUGAAAGUGUUGGGAACAGGUAGAGUUUUCAAGCAGAGAACAUUUCCUUAACUUAAAAUUCACCAGCAUGCAUGAGGCUCUAUUAUAUUAUCCUUUGUCGAAAACAUUUACUGCGCUGAAUGGCUAAAGAGUUUUUUGAGAACUCAGUUGUCGAAAUAAUUGUUCUGUUCUUUAAUGUCCGAUUGAACAAGUUUUUGCAGUCUUGUUUCGCCCUUUUGCUUUUUUUUUGUUAGAAUGAAAUUUUCUAUACCAGCUUGAUGGGGCUUCUCUUAGCAACUGUAGUGAUGCUAUGCUUCUGGAAGCAGAUCUAUGUCAGGUGAGGAUAUGUCUUUCAUAAUUCAUAAAGCAGCUCGAGUGCUUUGCACUAUAGAAAGGAAAAAAGGGGAAAACCUUCACUCAGUUUCUCACUGUUUUCUAAUAGUUCAAUGCGUGGCUUCUCUUCUCCAUUAUAGGACCCUUCUGGCCAUUUAUCAUUUGUGAUCUCUUGCUACCUCAAUCUCAUUGCAUCUUAUUUCAAAGCACACCUAUCUAAUAUUUUUUGAGAAUUUUUAAUUAAACCCUUGGUCUGGCAACCAUUGCAAACUUUUCAUAGCAUGAUGUACAAUGAAAGAGUUUUUCCCCUCAAGUUGCUUAGUGGCCAUACCAUUCCAGCUGUUCAAGGACACCCCAAAGAUCUCUUUCUCCCUUUACCACAAAAUCACCUUAGAUUUUGGUUUGUGGUCUCUGGAGUUAUGCUAUGAACGUGUAGAAGUUUCUUGGGGCUUAUCUGUGAUUCCUCUCAGGUUAUAUAUACUGUCGAUGCUGCAGUUGAUAUGAGUUUUUUGAUAUGGUUGUUGCAAAGUGUGGAAGCUCGGCAAGAUUUGAUGUUCCCAUUCUCUAUGUAGCUUUCCGAAUCUGCAUCUCUGUUGCCCUGCACGACCUUUGUUAAGUUGUCUGAAGUAAGGAGAAGACAGGCGAUGCAGUUGGUCUAUUUGAUUCGACUUCGAGGACAUGAAUGGAGGAUGCGUAAGUUGGUAUAUUCUAAACCUAUCUGGCCAAGUGCCGUCAGGUUCAUAGUGUUGAGAUUGGAGCUUUUUUAUCACUAUAUGUGUCGAUUAGGAUUAGGGGGGCAAUAGUGCGAUGUUCAACAGCCUAAGGGACUGAACUUGGAGAGUAGUAGGGACACCGACUGCUCCACGAAAUAUAGCAUCUCUGUCUGGUUCGUUAUCUUUGUUUUAAAUAACAUAGGAUAGAUUCUGUAUGUCCUGUGAGCAAAAACCUACUUUGUCUAAAACUACUGCGAUGAGUGGUAAUGUGAUUUCUCGGUUCUA